CUCGCCGCGCUGUCCCCGGCCGCAGCGGCCAUAGCACCGGGCAGGGGAGGAGGCGGCGGUGGCGGCGGCGGCGGCGGCCGAGGGGCCGGGCGAGAGGCCGCCGGCCGGAACCCAAUACGCGCGGCCGCGGGAGCCACCGGAGUUGCGUACUGCCGGAAGGGGCGCGGCUCACUUCCGGCUGCCCGCCCCCGCCCCACUGAGCAGGCCUCGGCCCCUCAGGUGGAGGGAGCCGGGCGCGGGGGCGGGUCCUGUCAGCGGUCCGGGGCGGGCCCUCUCCCCAUCCAGACCAGGAGAUUGGUGGAGAGAGCCUCCUCGCGUGGCUGCCGAGAGCCUUUAAGAGCAGCAACCCGCACCUCUGCGUCUGCGGCCGCUCGGCCUCUCGGCCGCCCGCGCUAAGGCAGGAGGGCCGGCGCGCUUCCCCCGGGUUUGUCACGAGUUCCAAGCGACUCUUGUCCUCCCGAGGCCAGACCCGCGGUGGCAGCGGCGGGCAGUGUGGUCCUCGGCCGGACAGGACGCGUUCCCUGCCUCGCCGGUGUCGGGUCCGGAGACGCUGAACGGCUGGGUCAAGCCGAACUAAGCGCGCCGGCGAGUGGGGCGGAGCGGAACCGCGCGGGACCGAGCGGACCUUCGCAGCGUGGGGCCGAGCGGGGCCGAGGGAGCAGGCCCGGCGAGUCGAGAGUGCCCGAGCGGAGCCGAGCGGGCCCGAGAGGGGUCGAGCGGAGCCGAGCGGGCCCGAGGGGGACGAGCGGCCCUGAGCGAGCAGAGUCGAGCGCAGCCGAGUCCCCCCGAGGCGUCCCGAGUCACUCGGCGGGGCUGUAGUGGCGGCCGCCGCCAUGAAGCGGGACCGGCUCGGCCGCUUCCUGUCUCCGGGGCCGGCGCGGCCGCGCGGGGGCUCGGGCGGCAGCUGCGGCGGCCGGGCCCGGGGCCGACCCCCGCGCGGCGGCGCGCCAGGCGUUGACAGGGCGGCGGCCUUGGCGGCGGCGCAGCUCGGCUGGGCCCCGGCGCGGGCCUGCGCGGACGCGGGCGAAGACGGAGCGGAUGAGGCAGGAACAGGCCGGGCUCUUGCCAUGGGGCAUUGUCGCCUCUGCCACGGGAAGUUCUCCUCACGGAGUCUCCGAAGCAUCUCUGACAGGGUGCCUGGGGAGAGCUCAGAGAGACCAUCCCCAGGGGAGCGUGUCUUCGCCAGGGACUUCCAGCGUCUGCUGGGUGUGGCUGUGCACCAGGACCCAGCCUUGUCCCAGUUUGUCUGCAAGAACUGCCACACCCAGUUCUACCAGUGCCACAGCCUCCUCAGGUCCUUCCUGCAGAGAGUCAAUGUCACCCCAACAGGCCAGCGGAAACCUUGUGCAAAGGUUGGUGCUCAGCCCCCCACAGUGGCAGAGGAAGGAGCUCGUCUGGUGGAUCUGAUCACCUCGAGCCCCCGGUGCCUGCACGGCUUAGUGGGGUGGGUGCACGGACACGCGGCCAGCUGCAGGGCCGUGCCCAGCCUUCAGAGGACACUGUCCUCCGAGUAUUGCGGCAUCAUCCAGGCUGUAUGGGGCUGCGAUCAGGGCCACGACUACACCAUGGACACCGACUCCCGCUGCAGAACCCUCUUGCUGGACAGUGCACUGGCAGUCAAGUGGGCCUGGGACCAGGAGACGGCCCCACGACUCACCCAGAACCAGGAGUCCAGCCCCACAGGGGCUGCCCCUCAGCUCUCCCAGGGCAGAGGGACCACAGUUGAGGCUGAGACCAAGAUGCUGCCCAGCAUGGAUGUGGCCUCACCUCCCUCAGAUGGCAGCCCUGUGGGACCUGGGCCAGGCCCCCCACCACAGCCCAGCCUUCCCCCCACCGAGGCCCCAGGGCAAUUGGGUGAGAAGCAGGUUCCAUCUUCAGCCUCGGAUGAUCGGGUAAAAGACGAGUUCAGUGACCUUUCUGAGGGAGACUUCCUGAGUGAAGAUGAAAAUGACAAGCAGCAGCAUGCACAGUCCUCUGACGAGUCCUUUGAGCCUUACCCAGAGAAGAAGGCCUUGCUAGUUGCAGAGGUUGGUUUUGAAUUUGCAUCCUCCUGCCUCAGCCUCCUGAGCGCUGGGAAUCAGGCGUUUCUGGCCUGUGUAUUUUGUUUUGGGUCUCUGGUAAGAAGAGCGAAAGCAAAGAGGCUAAGAAGGCUGAAGAACCAAAACCUCGAAAGAAGCCAGGACCCAAGCCUGGGUGGAAACAGCAGCUCCGCUGCGAGAGGUGAGGGGCUGUGGUGUGGGCGCCCUGCUCCCUGGGCAGCGCCUCACACGUGCUGUGCUUGCAGGGAGGAGCUGCCCACCAUCUACAAGUGUCCUUACCAGGGCUGCACGGCCGUGUAUCGAGGGGCCGAUGGCAUGAAGAAGCAUAUCAAGGAGCAUCAUGAGGAGGUCCGUGAGAGGCCCUGCCCCCACCCCGGCUGCAACAAGGUGUUCAUGAUUGACCGCUACCUGCAGCGCCACGUCAAACUCAUCCACACAGAGGUACGCAACUACAUCUGUGAUGAAUGUGGGCAGACUUUCAAGCAGAGGAAGCACCUUCUUGUUCACCAGAUGCGCCAUUCAGGAGCCAAGCCGUUGCAGUGUGAAGUCUGUGGGUUCCAGUGCAGGCAGCGUGCAUCCCUCAAGUACCACAUGACCAAACAUAAGGCGGAGACGGAGCUGGACUUUGCCUGUGACCAGUGCGGCCGGCGAUUUGAGAAGGCCCACAACCUCAAUGUGCACAUGUCCAUGGUGCACCCUCUGACACAGACCCAGGACAAAGCCCUACCCCUAGAGGCAGAGCCACCACCUGGGCCCCCAAGCCCCUCUGGGGCCACUGAGGGCCAGGCUGUGAAGCCAGAGCCUACCUGAGGAUGACAGGUGGGACAGUGGCACUUAGAGAAGCUGGCACUCAGCAGGUGUGAUGUGGGGUCUAAAGACAUUUCCACGUUCCCUACCCUGGGGCACAGCUCUGCUUGCCCCUCGUGCCCAGUAGGCACAUGUUGGGCAGGAUGGAGGGUGCCACUCUCCCUUGGCUAGUCAAGGGGGGCUUGUGUUGUGCAGCCUUUCUGUCACCCACUCUGGGACCACCAGCUUAUUUUCCAAGUACUGAGAAACUUAAGGCAGACAGAUUAAGAAUAACUGAUUCCUCUUCCCAACUACAGCAGUCAAGGAGAUUUGUAACCCAUCUUCUAGUGCAACAAGAGCGUCAUGUUAUGCUUGCAAUAAAUCAUUUACAGUGGAGCCAGGCUGGUGCACUGAGCAGAGUCCAGUCAGAAGAGACGGGGCUCCUGGUGGAGGUCAGGGUCGGGCACAGCCUGCUGCCCACUCAGGAGGGCACUGCUCACUUCAGGGUCCCAGUCUUCACGCCCGGCCAGCAGCUGUGCGGAAGGAAACCACUACUCAGGACCAACAGCCCAAGGGAGCCCAUCUGCAGACCUGGUGCCAAGACACAGGGAGAGGCUGUUGGGCCUUCAGCUAAGGUGUGAAAUCAGACCCAAGAAGAGUGUCUUGGGUUACCUCUGCCAUGUUUGAGGAGCUGUUUUUCAGGCACUGAGGUAUUAACUGCAGCAGAAAAAGCCGAGCUUCUGUUAUCAGUUGCACAGGGUUGCCCUAGAGGACAGUCAUGGUCAGGGCACACUGGACCAGGACUGACUUGGUGUGCCACCCUCACGCCCACCAUUCCCUGGCAGGAGCCGUCUCACAGGCUGGGGAGAGGACCGGUCAUGGAGCUGCAGUCUCCUGCUGGCCGGAGUUGAUACAGCCCUGGUCUCCCCAUCUAUGAAAAGGUGGACCAGCUUGAGGUACAUGUCAACAGCAACACGCAGAAAGGCCUCUUCCCCUGUGACCGUGUCGUCUUUGAAGUGAGAGAGAAGACUAGAGAGAGAGACGAAGGAGUUUAGUGCAGAAUGCUUUCACCCACCUGUGGUACACAGCUGCAGGCAACCUUCCCCAUCCGGUGGGAGACCAGGCUGCCUGGGGAAGUGCCACCCCCUCUGACCACCCUAGCUCCAGUGACCGCCCAGCAGGGAUGGUUACCUGUAGAAGGCAAAAGGCAACAGCCUGGUAAGCUGGUCUGGGGCCAGGCGGAGAAGGUGCCCUCGGUCAGCAUCUGCAACGCCAAGGGGCCUCGGUCAGCUCUAGGGAUGCCACGGGGACAGAGGGAUGUCAUGUGUUCUGGGAGGUGUGUCUGGAUGCAGUGACAACACAAGGUGUGGCCGCCUUGAGGACUCCCUUCCCUGGGUCUGGGAAGAUGGGUCAUGUCCUCAGGCAGGAGGGCAGAGACACCCCCGACUUCCCAGUCAUCUGAUAAACCCUGUUGCUUUAAAUAAGCUGUGCUGCACUUGGCCCCACCUGAACCAGUUAUAAAUCUAGCAAGAAAACAGCUUGGAAAGGGAGCCGCAAGGAGGGCUCAUUCUGAAGGAACCACACGGCUGCCCUCAGCACAAGCCAGUCCCUCAGACCUUCUCACCUGUCUCCGUCAACUGGAAGAGCACCAGCCAGUCCACCCUCCUCCUCUGCAAACACGCAAGGACUUCAGCACAGGUGUUCACAGCCUUCAGGGGGUCUGCCGUGUCCUGUAACCCAGAGAAGAGCCCCAGGAAGGGCUGGGCAUGGCCUGCUGCAGCCAGAAACGCGAGGCGUGCCGGGGGUGGGCCCUUUGGCUCAGCCAUCAGUGGGCCACAGCCUAUAGUAAGUGUAAGUGUCACCGUGGGCCCUCUGGAUGGAACAAGGCUCAGGCAAAAGCAGACACCACAGCCCCUCAAUGCCCACACCAAGCCCUGAAAUACAACAUCCAAGGAAAGGUCACACUGGAGAUGCCGAGAUCCAAUACCAGGUCUCAUGGACCUGGGUGCACUGUGUGCACCCUGCCUGGCCCAUGGGGAAGGAGGGCAACUCAGCUGAAAGUUCACUCACGUUUUGGGCCAGGUGCGAUGAGAGCAGGUCCAUCAAGGAAAAGAAGAAGAGGGGGAGCAGCAGCUGCAGGAGACAACAGGCAGUGGGCCGUGGUGGUUCCAGCCCAGCAAAGCAGAUCUGCUGCUCCAGCUGGGCUAGUCCUCAGCGCUCCGUGAACACGACCCCUGCUGAGGUACCUUACGUGCCUUCAGACAAGAGCAGUGUGGCACCAGGGGCCGCGGGGGACCCUGCUCCGCCUGCUCCCCAGUAAGGCUCCUGCCAGGCCCUUGAGGACCAGCCCAGUCUCUCUCCCUGACCAGGUCCAGCUGGGGGCCUGGCUGGAGGCUGGCUCUGAAGCCAGUAAAUUAUUUCUAGCAAAAGUACAAAAGCUUUAGAAAAUGUAGGGUGUUUAUUUUGUGAUGAUCGCAUUACUUGGCUGUGCUGCAGAUCUCGUUAUUGGGGUAGCAUGUGAAUUGAGAGCCAGUGUGGGUCCCCUGCUUGCCUUCCACGCACACAGUCAUGGCAUGUGCAGCCUAUGUGGGUGCUGCUGCUGGGGACAGUGGGCACUCAGGCUUUUGGGGACCCAGCAACCAAGGGGCACAAGCUGAGUCUGAAUGUUCCUGUGCAGAAUGCGAAGCCACCAGCACAGUGGUACUGUGCACUCAUGCCUGAUGGUGUGCAGGGUUGUGGUAAGGAAAGUAAUGGGCCCAACAGAAGCACUUGAGUGCUAAAACUAUACAUCAGGUAGUUUCACUUCCCAAAUAAAGUGAGGGAAAUCUCGUUUGUCCCUGGAAAAGGUGUCUUUUCACUAGGCAAACCAUGAGAAAUGCCCCAAUUAAAAAUAAGCCUGCUAAAAAAAAGUAGCCCAUGUCUUGCCUCCUCUCUCUCGCAGUCCAGCUUCUUCAGCUGUCUGAUGCUUUCUGUCGUGACUUCUUUCAGGGCAAAGUGCAACGCAGCAGCCGAGACCCAGGCGGGGCUGGGUGCAGGGGAAGUCGAGCCAGGGGCCAGAAAGCUGGGGCGUGUGAGAGCUGUGUCAUUGCCGCAGCACAGAAACAGCUUUCCAAGGAGCACACAGGGGCUCAGGUCGUGGGACGUGAGAUCUGGGUUCCGCGUGAGGCCCUGGCAGGGCAGGGUGGCAGCCCCAUGUGGAGGCAUGCUGAGGAGCAGGGCCUACGCCCCACGCCUGUGCUGUCGGGGGCCAGAUGCCCGAGCUGUGGAGUAAGAGUCCACUGGGAACUCCAAGGGGUACUGGGACUGGCCAAGGGAUCCAGCUCUACCCACAGUGGAAUUUGGGUCAUUAAGGGAGCACUCUUAAGUUGCUUAGAGUGUCACUAAGUUGCCAAGGCUGGUCUUGAUCUUGGGAUUCUCCUCUCAGUCUCUUGGAUUACAGGAUGUGCCACCAUGUCUGGCAAAGAGCCCUGUUUUCUAUGUGCUGAGGUUUCAGGCACCCCUGGUGCUGAAGGAACUCACAAGCAUCUGGAAUUCAAAACUAGUCACCAGGAACCAUGAAGGCUCUGUGUCCCUUGGCUGCUGGGACCAGCACGUCCUGGGAGGCCCUCUCAGAACUGUCCUAGGGAGGGCAGACUGCCCUGAGCGCCACAGGUCUGAUGGAGCUGCCGGGUGGAGGGCUGAGCAUCAGCACCCUCACACUGGACGCUGACAGUCUGGAGCCAGUGUUAGGUGUGAGAGCGGGAGAUGGGCCAAGGUGGGACUGAGCUGGGACAAGACCUGCUGAAACCUGUCCCCACGACCUGCCUGGCUGCUCCGACUGGAGGCUAUUAGCCUGGUUCUCUCCUCCUCUUUCUCAGGGUCCCAAGCAGCUGCAACUCAGGAUGUCCAUGAAACCACCCAAUCAUCCUGCUGCCAAAACCUACUUGCUGGCAAACUGCUGGGCUUCCUGCAGCCUCUGCAGUUCAGGAGGCAGCGGGCUCUGGAAGCAUUUUCUCCACCGACUGUGCAGCACAGGCUCCAGGCUUGACCACCACGCCUGAAUGGGGAGAGCGAGCACGAGGAAACGGGUCAGAGCAGCUGUACUUGGCCCCACCUCGAGUUGCCAGGCCCAGAAGACCUGUGUGAGACGCGGCCACACACAUGGCCAGCUCCCCAGAGCCCUCACUGGGGCUUCCCAGGUGCUCCCUGUGGCUCACAUUCCAUUGUUGUGUAACUUCAGGCAACACCUUGUCUACCUCGCUGGGUUCAGAGCAAUCCCACAAGGCACCUGUACUCCAGGGCAGGACAGGGGAGGCCCUGCCUGAUCACCCUGCAAGAGUUGGUGCCCUGCAGGGAAGGAAGCUGGCAGUGUGGCACCAACUACCCCCUAUGUCUUGGCGCGCAGGUCAGGCGGAGCCCCAGCAGGCAAGCAGAGGCAGCCUGCACAGCCCUCAGUGAACACAGCAAGCGGCAACUGGACUGCAGGGACUGUGGCCUUGAGUGCAGCCUGUGAGGGGCCCGUCACCCCUGCUGCACACCAGUGUGCCCCCUAGCUCCCUUGCACAUCUCAAGUCACGGUGACCAAGAUGGAGACAGACGCAGAAGGCAGGAGCAGCAGCUGAGUACGCCAGGCAGCCAGGCCUACCAGUGCAGAGGUCAGAAGGAUGGGGCAUUUGGUCUGGCACUCAGUCAGGGUCAGGCUGGCUGUCAGCAAGGGGUCAUGGCUCCGUGCACAGGCAUUCAGGAGCCCCUGCAGCAGAGAACACAGCAAAGGCUCGGUGGUUGCACAACCCAGGCACCCUUGUGAGCCAAGGUCCUGAAGGGCACCACCCCACGGGAGGAUCUGUUCCCAGGGACUCUGGGAAGGUCACAUAGGAGGUGCUAGGGAGACCAGUUACCCUGAAGAAGUGGAUGGUGAUGUCGUGGGUCAGGGCACCUCCCUGGGAGAAGUUUCUCUGUAAAGCAAUUCAACAGGCCAGUGUCAGCGGGGCAAGACCAGCGUGCAGUGUGCUGCAGAGGUCCGGCUCAUCAGCCAGAGGGCGUCCCAGGUGUGCUGCCAGGACCUUCCCAGCCCUCACCCGUCACGACUGCCGCCCUGCUCCAGCUCAGACACGUGGGCUCCAGGGGUAGCCGGGAGCCGUGCUCUGACUAGCUGAGGGUGACAAACAGUGUCAUCCUAUCUCUCUGCUCCCGUCCACUUCCACGGGAAGUGCUGCUGGGGAUGGAGCCCAGGGCCUAGCGCACACCAGGCGAGUACUCCACCACUGAGCGACAGCUCCAGCCCUUUUCAUCUUAUUCUGAGUCAGGGUCUUGCUAAAUUGCCAGGCUGGCCGGGAACGUGUGAUCCUCCGGUCUGUAGCCCCGUGUCCCUGCGUGCCACACCCAGCCUGACUCCUGACUGCCCUCCUUCCCAUCCACCUGGCACACGGCACACUGAAAGGGAAGCUAAGCUCAUCUCCGGUCUUGCUGUGCGCUGGUCCUCAGGCACAGUGAGCCAGUGACUUGCAGUCCCCAGUGAUGGACGCAGGGUGGGCGCCAUCUUCAGGCAGCUCGCACUAGCAGUGUCUACCACAGAAGGAAGCAGGUGCCUGGCAGGCAGACUCCCACCGCCCUGACCUCGAACACCGAACACGGGAGCGUCGCAGAGACGGCCGGCCACAGAGAACCCACAGCUGACAGCCGCCUGCAGCCACACUCCUCCCACGCGCCAGCUCUCAGCUCCCCUGUGACUUCUGUUCUUCUCCCAGCAGCCCUGAUCCAUGCCCACCUCCCGCCACCCCCAGGCCAGGCUCACGCAGCACCUACCAGCUCAGAGUUGACCAAGUGGAAGAACUCCUCGCAGAGGGCGGCGGCGGGCCGCUGGGCCUGCAGGCUGCCGACCAGGACAGAUGGAGGCAGGCGAAGGAGGAGCCUGGGAGGCAAGGGGCAGUGUGGACAGUGAAGCCACAGCACAGGCUGCAGCCUUGCCUGGCUCUCGGGAGCCCCCUGCAGCCCGUGACGCCACCAGAACCGUGUGUCUGACCUGCAGCCCCACCAGACGUGUCUGCCAGCCCCUGAACAGUGCUGCAGUCGAGCAAAACGUGUCAGCAAAGACAAAACAAAAACAAAAAAAGCUGCACGAUGACCAAGUGGAGGCCACGCCAGGAUCCCCAGAGUGAGAACAACACGCCACACUCAGUCACACAAAGGCACACCUUGAGCACGCGGUUUGUCUUGACACAACUGGACCAAAGUCUGCAUCCACAGCACCUUCCACCCCAGACCUAGCCCCACGGGAACCACCAAGCAGAUGCCCCCUCCCAGGCUUGGGGAGGGCACAGAGGAGGGGCCAGCAGAGAAGCCUGGAACCCCCACGUGAUGCUGUCCCGCCAGGCCUUACCAUCUGCAUGCAAGCAGCUCCUGCUGUCUCUGGAGGCUGGUGGCCACACCUGCCCCACCCGCCAGAGGCUGGAGCCGGCUGUAAAACACCGAGAAUACAAAGUGUCCCCGAGAGGCUGCGCCUUGCUCCAGUUCCAGGUCGAGAAUCAUCUCCUGGAAAAGGCAAGUCAGAUGCUCACACACUUCACCUCACUCCCAGUGAGAGACAGGCUUAGGAGAGCGUCCACGGAGGCCACAGAUGGAAGGAACAGCCGUGACAGCAAUUCCAACCAGAAAUCAUCGUGACUGCAAAGACAGCUGGGAAGGAGCGACCUGACCCGGGCAGCCCUGGUAGGCGAGUCCCCGUUACCUCUGCCCUCUCCAUGUGUGCGUGUGCACGAGAGCACAGGCCCAGGGCGAGUCAGCUCUCAGGCUCUGCUGGCCCACGCCCCCCAGCAGCACAGCAGCCACUGGCCUGCCCUGUCCCGGGGUCCAGGCAGGGUUGGGUGGCUUUCUGCUAACCCCUUUAUUUUGGAACAUUCCCACAGAGUUUAAACGACAGUGACGUUUUCCAAGAAAAUGAGUGUGACUUUUUAAACGCCAACGGAUGCUCAGUUCACUCCAGACAAUUGAGGAUCACACUCUGGAAACGCAUCCCGACCCUGUGCCCUGUUCAGUCAGAACACACAGUGGUGGUGCUUCUCUUCUGAGAGCAGACCUGAUUCCACUGUCUGGGCUGGGAGCUACAUCGUCACGAACGGCACGAAACCAAGUUGCCGGCCGUCUUCUCUGCAUCUUCCCCCUAUGUCUUGCUCAUCCCGUGUCCUGAGGGUCCAGCCCAGCAAGGACAAGCUCCCAGCACUCUGGCCACAUGGCCACUGUGGACAGGCUGGCCUUGCUGACAGGCAAUGGAGACUGUCUGCCACUUCCCCAGGCCAGGCUGCACAGAGCCGGUGGGGAGCGUGGACUCCUCCGCACUCACCAAAGCCUCCCCCAGGCCCACCCCGGGCCCCUGCCCAGGUCUGCAGGUGCCCUGGGAGCAGCACAGAACAGGGGCGGGAGGAGGGACAGCGCAGAUCUCAGGGAGUCAGCUGAGGUCGCCGUGGAGAGAAGGCCAGUGCACACACAUAGUGCUCACGUGACCCAACAUGCCUCAGCUGGCUCAUCACAGCCUAUCACGCAACCGGCUGCCUCCCUGGUCACCGCAUGAACAUCCAGGGACAGGAGAGUGGACGUGGGGCAAAGGUCAAGGGGGCAGGGGCAUCUCUUAGGGGGCUGGGGAUGGAACCCAGGGCCUUGUGCAUGCUAGCCAAGCACUCUACCCAGCUACCUCUCGGCCCUCGGCGUUUUGUGGAGGGUGUUUUCCUCGGUUCCGGCUGACUUCUCUGGUAUCACCCUCCAGCCCUUCAUUCCCCACAUUUCUAAAUCCAGGCUUCUAAAGAACAGCAGCAUAAAGCCACGGGUGUGAACCUGACCAAGGCACAGCCAGGCUGAGGCCCGGAGGCUGUGCGCUGUGCCUGCUCCUGGGUGGCCCGAGAAUGCCUGAGACGUGGCACACAAAGCGCUGCCACCGCACGGUCCCGUGCACGUCAGUGACCCCAAGCUGCCUGCAGACUCCACACACUCGGUGCUCUGCAGAGUUCCUCAGCAGAGGGGCGUGGAGUGACAGUGAUUCUACUGCCAAAACUGGCAUCUGUCCCCACACCUGGAGCUUCGUGACCGUCACUGGCGUGCAAGUGCACAGCACACUGCUGCUGCGGGUGGCGCAGGUCAGGCACUGUUUCGGAAAUCUGUCAGGAGUGCUUGAGCAGGAGAGCUCGAGGCGGGGACACAGGAGCCCUGGCACCCUCCAGCUCACCUGCAGCCUGGAAAGAAGAUCCCCACUUCCUGAGCAGCCACCAGGGACCCAGCUGGAGCUCUCCGAGUGGUUCCAACUCCUUGAGCUGAAAAUGGAGUGGCACAGAAGACUGGUCAGCAUUCCAGUGGGCACUGCAACGCCCACUCACCUGCCUCCAGUGCCAGGGCACUGUGCUUCUGGUAUGAGGAACUCCAGCAACAAGCAACAAAACUAACAGUUCUAGAAGCCCAAACCCAGCAAACAUGGAAGCAUGCAGUAGGGAGAAGCAGGAUUUAUCCCUAGAAUACAAUGCUGGGUUAAUAGCCAGAUUCCAGAUAAUGUAAUCACUUAUCAAUAGAAUGGAAAACAAAAGCCACAAGAUCACAUCAAUAAAUGCAGAAAGAGCGUUCAAUAGGAUUUCACACCUGAUCAUGUAAAACCACUUGGUGACGCCCUGCUGGGCAGCUUGGAAAACACUGAAUUUAACUGUAAAGACAGAAAGCUUUUCCCCUAAGAAGAGGAAUAAGACAAGGAUGCCCUCUCACACUUCACCGCAAGUUCUAGCUACAGUCACUCAGUAAGAGAAAAGAGUAAAGGCAUCCAAAGUAGAGAGGAGUUACAUAACUGCUCCUCAUGGCCUUCACUAAACCUGGGACCCACACUAAAGUGUCAAAGCUGAUAAAGGAGCUCAGCAAGUCAACAUUCAGAAAUAAGCUAUAUUUCCACACACCACGAUUAACCCAGCAACAACACUGAGGGACACUGAAAAGAAAAGAAAAAAAUACAUAGGGAUAAACUCAACCCCGAAUGCAUAAGGUCUGUACACUGGAAACCACAAAACACUGUUGAAAGAAAUUAAAGAAGCCCUAAAUAAGCUGGGCUUGGUGGCACACGCUUGUAAUCCCAAUGCCAGCCUGGGCAAUUCAAUAAGACCUUGUCGCAGAAUGAACACGAGAAGUGCGAAGGGCAGGUCGGUGGUGGAGUGGACCCUGCAAAACAAAACUGAUGGAGAGACAUCCUGUGGUCGGGAAGGUGGCAAUGUCGCCCAAACUGAUCUACAACCGAUACACUCCCCAUCAGUAUGCCACAUGGCCAUGUAGACGCUGAGGAGCUGCAAAGGACGCAGAAGAGCCAAAACAACCUUGAAGAAGAGGAACAAAGCUGGAGGACUCACAUUUCCCAGUGUCAAAACCUACUGCAAAGCUACAGCUAUCAGUGUGCAGAGCUGGCAUACAGCAGAUAUGUGGACCAGCAGGUGGAGCCCGGAGUCCAGAAACCAGCCCUGGAGGCAGAUCUGCUGACGUCCGAUGAGGGUGCCAGGACCCUCCAACGGGGAAAGAACAGUCUUUGAGCAGCAGUGCUGGGACCCCUUCCUCACACCGCAUGAGAAUAAGUCAAAAUGAAAAAACAAAUGAAAACCCCAAUACAGGUACUAAAACUAAAAACAAAUAAAUAAACUGAAUUCCAUCAAAAAUUUCUAGAACUUUUGCUUAUCAAAGGAAAACUCAGAAUGAGAGGACAUUCACAAGUCAUGCGGCUGCUAGAGAUCACAUCCAGGGCAUGUAAAGAACUCCCACAAAGAAACCCAGAAUAGCUAAAGCAAUCCUUAGCAGGAAGAAUGAAGCAGGGGGUAUCGCAAUACCAGAACUUCAACUAUACUACAAAGCAACAGUAAUAAAAACAGCAUGGUAUUGGCACUAAA